UUAUUUUUCAUCCAGUGAUUUGUAACAUUUCGUGUGAAACACUGUGUGAGUUAUUUUCCAACGAACAACAUCCUGGCAACCCAAAGGCCAAAGAAAACUCCACCCAUCACCUCAAGUGGAAAUGGGAGGAACAUUCCUCCACCUCACGCACUUUCCCCACACACACGCAAUGAAACUGUCACCUAAAAAAGAUUAUCUGUAAUUGGUUAAGGGAGGGCACGUGACAAGACUUUGUCAUCGAUGAAACAACAUAAAAGCAGCUGCAAGGAUCCAACCAAUCACAGCUUUGGAGACGGAGCGACGACAAGCAGACAACAAUUUGCCUGUCUUCCCACCACGAGUGACCUACCAACAGAGACCGAAGAAAAACUUGCAAAAGAGAACCAUGGUGGUAUUCAGUGUCAAGGCAGAAGAAGGUGGGGCCUAUGGACCCUUCUGCUCUGAGAAAACUCUGAAGUACAACACUGUGAUUACAAACAUCGGUGAUGCCUACAAUGUAUCUACAGGUGUCUUCACUGCACCUGUUGCAGGUGUUUAUUAUUUCACCUUCUUCUACCAUGCUGGAGGACAUCAUGCUGCCAAGCUGAUACUGCACAAGAACAAAGAGCCGGUUGUGAUGACAUCUGAUCAUAAAAGCGGCAGUGACACUGCUGAUAAUGGGGGAAAUGCAGUGUUCCUGCAGCUGGAGAAAUGGGACAAGGUGUGUGUUCACCUGCCUGCAGGAUGUCAUGUUUGGGCAUCAGAGGACCACACCACCUUCAGUGGUUUUCUGGUCAACUCAUGUUAGAACUGAUGUCUCCAAAAACCUGAAAUCAAUGAUGCAUCUACAUGGAAAUUAAAAUUCAUAUUGAUACAAGUGGCUGUUGCCGUCCUGUUACUGUAUUCAAUCAAAA